AACAGCAGCAAGUUUUGUUGAAGAAUUUGAUCUUUGAGUUAACCUUUUCCUUUAGUUACGUUGUCCUCCACUUGUUGGGCCCCACUAGAAGCUUCCACUGCCUCACAGAUCUCAUCAUUUUAUAUAAACCCCAUUGAAGAUCUAUCUGCUUCUAUCUCUCAACCCAUUUCCUCGCUCUACUCUUAGGUUUGGGUGCUUGAUUAACAGUAAUUUAUAAUGGCUGCAUUGAAACCUGGUGUGAUUGCUUUAUUUGAUGUUGAUGGAACUCUUACAGCUCCUAGAAAGGUGGCUACUCCAGAGCUGUUGCAGUUCAUACAAGACCUACGGAAGAUUGUAACAGUUGGAGUUGUUGGGGGUUCUGACCUCUCAAAGAUAUCCGAGCAACUUGGCCAGACAGUUACCCAUGACUAUGAUUUUGUAUUUUCUGAAAAUGGUCUUGUCGCUCAUAAGCAAGGAAAACUCAUUGGAACUCAGAGCUUGAAGUCAUUUGUUGGGGACGAACAGCUCAAGGAAUUUAUUAAUUUUACGCUUCAUUACAUUGCUGACUUGGAUAUCCCUAUUAAGAGGGGAACAUUUAUAGAGUUCCGUAGUGGGAUGCUGAAUGUGUCACCGAUUGGGCGAAACUGUAGCCAAGAAGAAAGAGAUGAAUUUGAGAAGUAUGACAAGGUUCAAAACAUACGCUCAAAAAUGGUUUCUAUACUUCGCGAGAAGUUUGCUCAUCUUAACUUUACAUUUUCCAUUGGAGGACAGAUAAGCUUUGAUGUUUUCCCUCAAGGCUGGGAUAAAACAUACUGCUUGAGAUACCUUGAUGGUUUCCAUGAAAUCCACUUUUUUGGUGACAAAACUUACAAGGGUGGAAAUGACCAUGAAAUCUAUGAAUCUGAACAGACUAUUGGGCACACAGUUACCAGCCCUGAAGAUACUAUGAAGCAGUGUCAAUCUCUGUUCCUGGAAAGUUAAAAUUUUUGCAACAGCAUAUAUCAUUACUGAUACUGAAAACAAAAUGGAGCAAUGGUUUACAGACGAGAAGACCACAAGCUUCAAAUAUAAUUUAUUAUUGUAAUUUUAUCAUUGCACUUCACAUUUUGGAUUUAAUAAGAAGUUUAUUAUUCAAUUAAAUUUGAUCUUAAUAAUUUUAGAAUACUCAAUUACAUGGUCUACUUUCCACCAAAAAGCAUUAUCUUCUCAUGGAAGGAUCGAAUGGAAACUA